AUGGGCGAGGCCCAGGAAUGUCAGCAGAGAGAUUACAACCGCCACGCAUCUGAUAAGCCGUUACAACUGGGAGACAGAGUCUGGCUCAGGAAAUUCUCCAGAACACACAAGUUAGACUCCAUCUGGAAGACAGAGCCUUAUACCAUCACUGCUGUGCCCUACCCCGAUUCAGACGUUUAUGAGGUUCAGAAGACUGGAUUUGAACUGCAGGUGGUCUAUAGGAAUCGGAUUAAAUUGUGCCUUAGGGAAGACUUACUGGCACUGCCUCCUCCUGCUCCCAUAGCUGACAGACCUGUGAGGGAAUACGUCCCAGGAGAAGGGAUUCACCCAUCCAUGGACAUUCCGAUGUUCUUCCCUCUUCAACCUGCAAUGUUCUGUGGUUUACCCUGUCCAGCUCCAGCACAACCAUCAUUAGUCUCCUCUCCUGCUACAAAUUUGUCUCCAGUGACAACUCCAGGAAGGUCAGAACCCCUCUCACCCAUUCCAAUGGCUUCCCUCAGUCCAGGAUUGAAUAUGACUCCUGUAUCCAGCCCUCAAGCUGGUCCCUCCGGGACUGAAGUUACAAGAGAACUGACAGUAGAAGAUGUUCCUGAAACCCAAGAGGAUGUGUUCAGGAUGCUCUUCCUGGCCAGAAAAUGCUCCUGUAGCUCAAUAAAAUGCACGUAUCCAGAAAGGAUGUUAUGUGACCAAUGUGGUGUUGUUGAACCGGAGGUCAGCGUCUUCUGGUAUUGGCUGCAGAUAGUCAUGGUGAAUGGCAGCCGUAUUCCCUCCACGUUCCACCUCACAGGCUUGUCUGGUCUGGAGGACAUCUACGGUUGGAUCUCCGUUCCCUUCUGUCUAAUUUUUUCUGUCUCCAUUGCUGGGAAUGGUCUCAUCCUCUAUGUGAUAUGUUGUGACUUCAAGCUCCGUCAGCCGAUGUUCCUGUUCCUGUCCACGCUGGCCGUCACUGACAUUUUCUUCUCGAUGUUCACAAGCCCCUCAGUGCUCGGUAUCUUCUUGUUUCACCACUAUAGCAUUCAGUCUCAAGCGUGUCUCCUACAGAUGUUCUUCAUCCAUUUAUUGUCCAUCACGGAGUCCUCACUCUUAGCAGCUAUGGCCUUUGACCGUCUUGUUGCCAUUUGUCACCCCCUAAGGUACGCGGCCAUUCUUACCAACACAGUAGUGGCCAAGAUCAUCUUGGUAUCAGUCAUCCGGGGGACAUUAUUUCUUCCGGCAGUGAGCAGUCUCCCCUUUCUUCCAUACUGUAAGGGGAACCUCCUGUCCCACUCGUACUGUUUGCACCAGGACGUGAUGAAGUUGGCAUGUGAUGGCACCUACACCUUCAACAUCAUAUAUGGCAUUGCUGCCAUCCUCGGCACUGUCACUGUAGACAUGAUACUCAUUGUCAUCUCCUAUGUCUUGAUCAUCAGGUCGGUCCUUCACCUCACCUCCACCCUGGAGCAGCAUAAGUUAUUUAACACGUGUGUGUCACACCUCUGUGCCGUCUGCAUGUUCUACGUCCCCAUGGUGGGCCUAUCGGUGGUGCACAGAUUUAAUAUACAUGCAUCGCCAGUUUUUACAAACGUCAUAGCCAAUGCUUUCGUGCUUGUCCCACCUAUGCUCAACCCAAUCAUUUACAGCAUCAGGAGUCGGCAAAUACGCGAGAGUUUUGGCAAAACUUUCCAGUUCUUGGUUGUCUGGUAA